CCAUCUCAGAAACUUCUAAAAGCCUAGACGAUACGGUCAUAUAUAGCUCGCUUGCUCGCUCUCUCUCUCUCUCUUUCUCUCUCAACUUUCUCAAUAUGUCCAUGUCUAAUCCUUCUUCACCUGCCUCAUCGAAUUCGGAAAGUACUACUGCAGGCUCUUCAAGUUGUACAAGUACUACUCCCAGCAUUCAAAUGGUUUCCAAGUCGGUAUCUGAGAGGCUUCUGGGGAAGUUUUUUGAUGCUUCGCAAUACGACUUCGAUUACGAGCAGAGUGGUCUGUGGUCUCCUCCAUUACGCCGGAGGGUGUUUCUGGACUCACCCGGGAAUAUUAUCAUAUCGUGUUGUGAUGAAGAUGAAGAAAUAUACUGCUGCAAACUUAAGAAUGCCAAGAUGGCUUGGCCCAGACGCUUCUUCUCUUUGAUCGCUGCCUUAUGGUGCUCUCCAAGGCAAUAGCAGUUGGUGCUCUCCGUUUCAUAGAGCUAAUUCAAACACCCCCUUUAAUCGCUUCCCAAAGAGAAAAAAGUACUAAUUAUAAGCUGUUAAUUAGAAAAAGGUUCAACGAGGAAAAGAAGGUGUCUUGUACAACUUUAGUUAUAUAUGAG